AUGCACGGAGGAGCAGAACAAGUAGGUUUUGAUAGCCAACAUUUAAGAAAUGUCGUCCGCGAUUUUAGGAAGGACAACAUGGGAGUUAAUGAUGCUCAAGCCGGUUUGGAUUUGUUGUACCGUUUGCAAGAAGAGAGCGGCGGUAAAUUUUUCAUCAAGACUCUUCUUGAUGACGAACAAAGAUUGAAGUGUCUUGUACGGGUCGAUCCCCGCUCUUUGAUGACCUACAAAAACUUCGGUGAUGUGGUUGCGUUUGACACUACAUAUCGAACUAAUAGGUAUGCUAUGCCGUUUGUGCUUUUCACUAGAGUCAACAUUCACCACCAAUCAAUACUAUUUGGCUUUGCACUCAUGAGGGAUGAAUUGAAGACAACUUUUGAGUGGGUUUUGAGUACUUGGCUAGAGGCAAUGGAAGGAAAAGAACCCUUGGCUAUCAUAACCGAUCAAGAUCAAGCCAUAGCCGCGGCUAUUGAAUCACAACUACCCAAUACCUCACAUUUGCUAUGCUCAUGGCACAUUAGCAACAAAUUUCCCGAGAAACUUGCAGCAUAUUAUUCCAAGGAAGGGUUCAAAUUUGAUAUCAACAAUUGCAUAUAUCACUCAUUGACCGAAGUUGUGUUUGAGAAUCGGUGGAAAGCUAUGAUUUUGAAGUACAAUUUGGAAGGGAAUACAUGGCUACAAGGAUUAUAUGUUCUGAAGCAUAAGUGGGUCGAGGCCUACACACGAAACACUUUUUCCGCGGGUCAGAAGACCACAUCAAGAAGUGAAGGAAUGAAUGCCUUUUUCGAUGCCUACGUUGGUUCUUGCACCGGUUUGAAAGAUUUUGUAGAGGGUGCGAAAAAAGCUUUGGAGAGGCAAUUCAUGCGUGAGAAAGACGAGGAUUACAAGACGAGUAACAGAAGUCGUUGCAUGCAAAUGAAAACCACUUUGGAGCACCACGCUGCUUCCAUUUAUACGAAAGAAAUGUUUAGAAGAUUUCAAGAAUAA